AUGGGCGACGCCCGCCGCAACCGCGCGCAGAGAGUGUGCACGUCCCUCCAUCGGCUGCUCUCCUGUGUUGAUCGUGCGUGGGGCAAGCUGCGGAGGAGCUGCAAGCGUCGAAGGAACUCUCAAAAGAGGGUGCUCUUCUAUGGCUCCCAGGCCAUCGCCAACCUUUUCGUGAUGAUCUGCGCGAUCGUCCUGUACCAGAUGGUGCUGUCCACAGCCACCACGAUCAGCGAGACCUGCGGCAGCGAUGCUGCCCCAACUAACGACACGGAUCUGAAGAAUCAGACCCUGACCAAUGGCAUAUCCUUUCAGUGUGCCGGCGAUGCCUUCGGCCUCAGUGCUUGCGAGUACUCAGAUCUGCUGGACGUGGGGAACAUGAUGUACGCCAACUUCUACGUGAACGGCCUACAGUUUCUGGUGAGCUUGAUUCUCAUCUUCUGCCUUGGCAAGUUCACACAGAUGCCAGCUGAGAAGCUGCAAUUCGACAAGCGCAAUGCGUCCAGGCUUAUGAUGAUCUAUGGCGGAAUAUGCAAGCAGGGCCCUUGGCUUUCGCGGCUCCUGCACUUUGUGCAGGGCAUCCUCCUCUUCGGCUCAUGGCUAAUGAUGGUUAUGGGGUAUUGCCGUGGAAACUUGGCGCUCACCAACUACUGCACUGCCUACAAUGCAAAAUGUGCAUAUAACAAGGCGCGGAACUGCCAGUACUACUACGUGUACUGCAAACCUGACGCCACGCUUUUGCCCAACUGCAUGACCGAAAAGGGCCGUGCAGCCUUCUCGGGUAGAAUGGACAUCAGGCUUCUGUCAGAGGUGCACUGCGUGGCCUGUGGGAUCCUCGAAGCAGACUUUGCCAACACCAUGGGUGAGGAUGAGUUUUACCUUCUUGAGGAGAGCUCCAGGGGAACUGAAGACUGGGUUUGCAAUGAGCAGCUGGCUGGAUGCUUCCACACGACUGCCUGGACAAGCAUCAAGUGUGGCACCACUACCACCGGCGGAACCUGCGAGGCCUCUUUGGGGGGUGUGGUGACCGCGGACUUCUUGAGCGGCACGCUAGGCGGCAUUGCUUGCGCGCGUCGCUUAGACGAGGUUGCAGAUUCAGCGGAGGCUGCCUGGGCGUCCUCAGACGACGAGCCUCGCAAACUGCAAAGCACCGAGGAAGAGCUCCAGGUGUCUCAGCAAUGCAGCUGGGGCCCACCCAGCAUCGCAGACUACGCGUUUGAGUCGACCCAGUGCAGCCAGACCGGAUCUUUGGUCUACCGCCUCAGCAUGCUCUAUAUCUACUUCGCCGGAUGCAUCUACGCCGUCUUCACCAUCCUUGGGCAGAUCGUGCGCGUGAUGCUCAAUCCUGAGCCUUGGUUCUUCAACCCGCAGACUCCAGAUGAGAGCAUCAUCUUCCGCUUCCUGAGGAAGGUAGCGCCAUAG